AUGCUUCUUCUAGGGACACUCGGGGCCCUCGUGGCCUUUUCCUCACCUACCGUCGCGAUCCCGGCUUCCAAAGUCAGCAUUGUCCAGAAAAUCUCCAACGCUCCUCAAGGAUGGACCAAGCAUGGUGCCCAAGUCGACAAGACCACUUCUAUGAUUGCCACUCCUGGCAACGAGUUGUACGGAAAGCAUCUCUCCAAGGAGGAGGCAGACAAGUUCCUGGCACCCAAGCCUGAGUCUGUCCAGGCCGUCCAAGAAUGGCUCAGAGGCGAAGGUCUAGGUGACCACGCAGAGGUUGAUGGCUCGGGUGACAACAUCCUCGUCCAUGCCAGUGUUGCCGAUGCUGAAAAGUUGCUCCACGCUGAAUACGACCCGUUCGUUGCACAAGAUUCUGGAGAGGUCAUCAUGAGAACGCUCCAAUACAGCCUUCCAGAUAAUCUCAAGCAACACAUUGACGUCGUCCAGCCCACGACCUAUUUUGGCGUGAAAUCCGUCCGUCUCACACAGAUCUCCCUCCAAAACAACAAUACUCCAUCCACCCAAGCUUCGUGCAAAAAUAGCAACCCGGCUUGUUUGUCUGACCUGUAUAGCUACGGCAGUGCCAAGGCUUACUCCAACGGGCGCAUGGGAAUCGCCGGCUUCAUUGGCCAGUUUGCCAGCAAGUCUGACUUGGCCACGUUCAUGAGCAAGCAAGCUACGCAGAACAACACAGACCAGAGUUUCUCCUGCGUUUCCAUCAACGACGGUGGUUGUCCUGAGAACAACCCGGGCGUUGAAGCCAAUCUAGAUACACAAUAUGCUCGGGCUAUUACAGAGAAAAUCCCCAACGUGUUCUACAGCACUGGAGGCUCACCACCCACCAACGGCAGCGUCCCCGAUAAUGAGCCAUACCUUGAAUUUUUAAACUUUUUCCUCGGCCUAUCCGAUGAGGACCUCCCCAACACCAUCUCUAUUUCCUAUGGCGACGUCGAAUACACCGUACCAAACGACUACGCCACCAAAUGCUGCGACUUGUUCUGCAAACUCGGCGCCCGUGGUGUCUCCGUCCUUGUUUCCUCCGGAGACUCCGGCGUGGGCGGUAGCUGCCCGGGAGGGAAAUUCGAAACCUCAUUCCCAGCGGCCUGCCCCUGGGUGACCACCGUCGGUGGCACAGACGGCACCGGACCUGAAAAAGCCUGGUCUGGCUCGGGAGGUGGCUUCUCCGAGAUUUUUGCCCAGCCCAGCUAUCAGGCCGAUACUGUACACCAGUGGCUGAAGAAUGACCAGACGCACCAGAGCCAGGAUCCGUACUUUAACAGCUCUGGCCGGGCGUACCCCGAUGUUUCUGCCCUUGCUACCAAUUAUCCGAUUGUCGUGAACGGAAGCACUUUUGGUGUUAUGGGCACGAGUGCUUCAGCUCCCGUGUUUGCCAGCAUUAUCCAGCUGAUAAGCAGUGAUCGCUUGUCGAAUGGUAAGAAGCCUCUGGGAUUCUUGAACCCGUGGCUGUAUAGCUCUGCUGCGUCUGCAUUGACGGACAUUACGAACGGUUCGAAUAGCGGGUGCGCAAACAUCAAUGGAAAGGGAUUCCAGGCUGUUCAGGGGUGGGAUCCCGUUACUGGUCUUGGUACGCCCAACUUUGAGAAGUUGUUGAAAGUUUCGCAGAGCACAUGA